AUUUCCGUUCUUCACCACAGGUUUAUAGCAAUUCAAUCCAUUCCAAUCUGCAGAUUCUGAUCACCACUCCUUCCUUCAAUGGCCACUGCAGCAGUGACGACUUCCCUCCCACAAUUCAAUGGGCUCAGACCCAAUCUCCAUUCAUCAUUCUCUCCUGCCAAAACCUUGGUUGCCAUGCCGGUGCGGCGGCGAGGCCAGGGAGCUUUGGGAGCUCGCUGCGACUACUUUGGCUCGCCCACUAACUUGAUCAUGGUAACUUCGACGACCCUGAUGCUGUUCGCGGGUCGGUUCGGGUUGGCUCCGUCGGCGAACCGGAAGGCGACGGCCGGGCUGAAGCUUGAAGCGAGGGAUUCGGGUCUGCAGACGGGCGACCCGGCCGGGUUCACGCUGGCGGAUACACUCGCUUGUGGAGUUGUGGGCCACAUUAUUGGGGUUGGGGUUGUGUUGGGACUUAAGAACAUCGGUGUUAUUUAAAUUUUUGUUUUUUAUUUUUUUUAUGUUGAUGGUAUAUAUAAUAAUAUGAUGAAUUGUACCUCAUGCUUAUUAUUCCUGCUUUGACACUGGGAAAUGAAAUACAAAACUGAACAUGGCAACUGA